AUGUUUUCAGUCAAAUUUUUGGAGUUUGUGAAACCAUUCUGUGGUUUCGUACCGGAGGUUUCCAAGCCGGAAAGAAAGAUACAGUUUAGAGAAAAAAUGCUAUGGACAUCUAUCACGUUAUUCGUUUUCUUAGUCUGCUGUCAAAUCCCUCUUUUUGGUAUCAUGUCAACCGAUAGUGCCGAUCCGUUUUAUUGGCUCAGGGUAAUAUUGGCUUCUAACAGAGGUACUUUGAUGGAGCUGGGCAUUUCACCAAUUGUAACGUCGGGACUUAUCAUGCAGUUAUUAGCCGGAGCAAAAAUUAUUGAAGUAGGGGAUACUCCGAAAGAACGUGCUUUGUUUAAUGGUGCCCAGAAAUUGUUUGGGAUGGUAAUUACGGUGGGCCAGGCUAUAGUCUAUGUGGCUACUGGCUUAUACGGUGACCCGAAAGAAAUUGGUGCUGGAAUAUGUUUGCUUAUUGUUAUACAGCUGGUUGUAGCUGGUCUUAUUGUGUUACUUUUGGAUGAGUUGUUACAAAAAGGAUAUGGUUUGGGCUCAGGUAUAUCGCUGUUCAUUUCGACAAAUAUUUGUGAAACUAUUGUGUGGAAGGCGUUUUCACCAGCAACAAUGAACACAGGCCGUGGUACUGAGUUUGAGGGAGCGAUUAUUGCACUAUUCCAUCUUCUUGCAACGCGUAAUGACAAGAUUCGGGCUUUACGUGAAGCAUUCUAUCGACCAAACCUUCCGAACUUAAUGAACAUAAUGGCUACUGUACUUGUUUUUGCUGUAGUCAUUUAUUUCCAAGGCUUCCGCGUUGACCUUCCAAUCAAGAGUGCUCGUUAUCGUGGUCAGUAUAGUUCAUAUCCUAUCAAACUUUUCUAUACUUCUAACAUCCCCAUUAUUCUGCAGUCUGCUCUGGUUUCAAAUCUUUACGUCAUUUCUCAAAUGUUGGCAUCAAGAUUUGGAGGAAAUAUUCUGGUAAAUUUGUUGGGAACGUGGACGGAUCAGGGUGGGUACAGAAGUUAUCCCACUGGAGGCAUUUGUUAUUACCUGUCACCACCUGAAACUUUAGCACACGUUGCGGAGGAUCCGAUGCAUUGUAUUAUCUAUGUCGUGUUCAUGUUGGGUUCUUGUGCAUUCUUCUCUAAAACUUGGAUUGAUGUUUCCGGAAGCAGCGCAAAAGAUGUUGCUAAACAGUUGAGGGAACAGCAAAUGGUUAUGCGCGGUCAUCGUGAGAAGUCUAUGAUUCACGAACUUAAUCGCUAUAUUCCUACAGCAGCUGCUUUCGGCGGUCUUUGUAUUGGAGCAUUGUCGGUUAUCGCCGAUUUCAUGGGUGCGAUUGGUAGCGGUACGGGUAUCCUUCUCGCUGUUACGAUUAUUUACCAGUAUUUCGAAAUAUUUGUCAAAGAACAACAAGAUUCGGGUGGCGUAUCUGGAAUGUUCUUCUAA